CUCUAUAUGUUGGUUGUUGGAGUAUCUGCAUUUAAUAUUUAUUUUAAUAUAGAAAAAUAAAAAUGGAAAAAAGCAAAAGUAAAUACUACACGUCUCGGGCCAAUGCACCCUCAUCUAAUUUCCUGAAUAUCCAAGAGACCAACCCCCACGUUGCCCAACCCUUCUUUUCCGGCCCAAUGAACUCUCCUUUUCCAAUUCCUUCCCCAAUAUAUUAAUCACACUCGCCACUCCCAAGCACUUCUCCUCCAUACCCACCCCACUUCCUCAACUAUGGCGACGGAGCCAGUGCCCGACGACAUAGCCGACGACCUCCAAAGCAUGAGCUUCAACUCCACAACCACCACCACCGCUACUGACAUCCACCGCUCCACCAGUUCCGGUUCUGACUGGACUUCCUCCUCCGCCCAUUUCCCGCCCACAACCACCCCCAAACCCCAUUCUUACACUACCCCCUCCGGGGACCCUCGCUGGGACGCCAUCCGUCGCUUCCCGUCUCUCUCCAUCGCCGACCUCCGCUUCCUCCACCGCCUCGGUUCCGGCGAUAUCGGCUCCGUCUACUUAGCCGAACUCAAACCGCCUCCGCCCCCACCCCCUCCCCCGUCUUCCGAGCCGCCGAAACCACCACCUCCCACGGCGCUCUUCGCGGCCAAGGUAAUGGACAGGAAGGAGCUGGCAAGCCGUAAUAAGGAAGGGAGAGCGAGGACCGAGAAGGAAAUUCUCGAAAUGUUGGACCAUCCGUUUCUGCCCACGCUCUACGCCGCCAUCGACUCCCCAAAAUGGUCGUGUCUUUUGACGGAGUUCUGCCCCGGCGGAGAUCUCCACGUCCUCCGCCAGCGUCAGCCCUGUAAACGCUUCCCGGAGUCCGCCGUCAGAUUCUAUGCAUCCGAGGUUGUGGUAGCCCUUGAAUACGUCCACAUGAUGGGAAUUGUCUACCGGGAUCUCAAGCCUGAGAACGUGUUGGUCCGGUUAGACGGCCAUAUAAUGCUCACUGAUUUCGACCUCUCCCUAAGAUGCGACGACUCGACUUCCACUCCAGCUCAAGUAAUCUCCACCCAAAAUCCGCCCAACGCACCACCACUCAGUGAAUACGCCCUCGACCCCCCAUCAUUCAGCUCGACCUCUUGCAUUCUCCCUAACUGCAUUGUCCCGGCCGUCUCAUGCUUCCACCCUAAGCGCAAGCGUAAAAAGAAAACAGGCCACCAUGCGGGCCCGGAAUUUGUGGCCGAGCCGAUUGAUGUGCGCUCGAUGUCGUUUGUCGGGACCCACGAGUACUUAGCCCCGGAGAUAGUCUCAGGAGAAGGGCAUGGUAGUGCAGUGGACUGGUGGACUUUAGGGAUAUUCAUCUUUGAGUUGUUCUAUGGCGUGACACCAUUCCGGGGCAUGGAUCAUGAGAUAACCCUAGCUAACAUUGUGGCCCGAGCCCUCGAGUUUCCCAAGGAGCCAGUGGUUCCUGCCUCGGCUAAGGACUUGAUAUCGCAGUUGCUCGUGAAGGAUCCCAGCCGGAGAAUGGGCUCAACAAUGGGUGCAUCGGCCAUCAAGCACCAUGCAUUCUUCCAAGGAGUGAAUUGGGCACUCUUGAGAUGUACAAAUCCACCAUUUGUUCCUCCUCCGUCCACUCGAGAUGUCCUGUCGGACGAAAGUUGCCCCGAUACUCCCGUGGACUAUUACUAGUGAGAAAAGAAAUUAUUGACUAAAAAAGUCGAACUUAUAUGUAAAUAAUUUAAUGCUCAAUGGCUAUUAAUUUUCAUUCCACAUAUGUUUAUUAUUUUGGUCGCGUCGGUUGUUUGCUAGCCCAUGUUUUGUUGCAAUAAUAGGGCGACAGGGGAAACUUCGUUUGAAGUUUAAUUUAAGUGACAAGGAUGUUUGUAUAUUAUCUCGAAGUCAAUGUUGCAAUUUGUUGCUGUCAUCGGAUGUCGACAGCGUGCAUAUAAUCAAUGACAAUGACAG